AUGGAAGUAAUAUCCCAAGGUGGUAGGAUAAUGAAACAUCAGAGCAGCAGAAUCCACUGUAGAAGAAACGUAUCGAAAUCGAAGAGCUUGAAGAGCGCGUAUAGCAGGAAGAACAACCACCUUCAGGCGGUCAACAGAAGAAACAAAAUAAACGGUUUGAGCAAGAGCUUGGUGCCGUUGAAAGACGGCUCAGGAAAAGUGGGGCAAGUGGAGAAUAUCAAGAAGAUUGACCGGAGCGGCGUAGGAGAAGGGGGAGAGAAAGAGGAGAGGGAUGUUUGUUUCGGAGCGUUCACCAGGUGA